UCGCCUGCCAAGUAGUAAGUGCUACAGUACGUCUAUAACUACACCUCGCACCUCGCACCGGUGUGGCACAGCUCGCUUGAUGGCUCGCGUCCUACACACCUCCCUCGUCGCGCCAUCGCCGGCCGGCACCGCUCUCCAGGAGCGCUCUCUCCCGCUGACCUACCUAGAUGCCGUAUGGCUCCUCGCCCCGCCUGUGGAGCGCGUAUUCUUCUACGCCAACGCCACCGGCAACGAUGUUCUCUCCAACCUCAAGGACUCCUUGUCCCGGACACUCCGUGACUUCUAUCCGCUCGCCGGCCGCCUCCGCCUCACCCCCGGCACGCCCAACCGCCACGAGCUCCACUACAAGCCGGGCGACGGCGUCAACUUCACCGUCUCCGAGUACCACCACGCCGGCUUCGACGAGCUUGCCACGGACGACCCAACAGAGGUUGCCAAGAUUUUGCCGCUCGUGCCGGCGCUGCAGGCUGGUGGCCCGGUGCUCGCCGUGCAGGCCACCAUGCUGAGCGGCGGCCUCGCCCUCGGAGUGACCUUUCACCACGGUGCCUGCGACGGGGUCUCCUCGACGCACUUCCUCCGCACCUGGGCCUGGGCAGCGGCAGCCUGCGCCGGCGCGAACGCACCGGAGCCGCCCGUCAUCGACCGCACCUUCAUCCGCGACCGUGACGACCUGUAUGACACUUUCGCACCGCAUAGGCAAUCCAGCGACGACGAAGACGACGGCAGAAAGCCGCUGGGAGUCGUAUCCCCCGACGUUCAGCAGGUCCUCGCCACGUUCACGUUGUCCAAGGAGCACCUGCAGCGCAUCAAGGAAGCGGUCGCCCGUGAGGCGGAACACCGUGGCGUGCCAACGCCUCGCUCCACGUCGAUCGUCGCGGCGUUCGGCUUCAUCUGGCACUGCCAUGUCCGAGCUAAACAAGGCAGCGAGAGGGAGGCAGCGGCGUCGUCUGGUGGUGGUGGCGACCGUGCCCACCUCCUCUUCCCGGUUGAUCACCGGGCCAGACUGGAUCCGCCCGUCGCGGAAAAGUACCUCGGCAACUGCGUCGGCCCCUGCUUCGUGUCGGCGCUCAGGAAGGAGGUCGCCGCAGCCAGCACGGACGGCCUAUUCACCGCGUGCGCCGCGGUCGCGGCGUCUAUCGACACAGUGAUGCGCGGUGAGCCCGGCUACUGGGACGGGAUAAUGGAGCGGCUCAUCGAGUUGUUCAGCGCGGCCGAGCUGCCAUUGACGGUGGCUGGUUCGCCGAGGUUCCGCGUGUACGACACGGACUUUGGGUUCGGGCGGCCGGUGAAAGUGGACGUCGUGUCGGUGGCGAGAACAGGAGCGAUAUCGGUGGCCGAGGCGCGCGGCGGCGGGGGCGGGGUGGAGGUGGGCAUCUCCUUGCCGGCGGAUGGCAUGGAGCGGUUCCGUGAGUGCUUUGCCGAUGCCAUCGCGUGGCUGCCAUCGUCAUCAUAAUAACGCAGUUAACGUACGAUCUACUACGAGGAAAUAAGAGUUGGUCGUCCUCAAGGCGCCUGUAUCAUCGUACGUCCCAUGCGAUACUUUUGUUGGUUGUUUGAUACUCUUAUGAC